UUAUCCAAUCAGGAAUGAGCUGGAGUUAUGACACUCCUACUGCACAUGCUCAGUAUGCCCCUCCUUCUUUCUGGAAGUUAACAGCCACAAGUGAAACUACCUUAUGGGAGAACCGAAAUUCAAGUAUGCCACGAGACAGGAAAAGGAUAACAGAUAGGGGUGUCCCUCUACCUAUUCUGUCCUUAGCUGCUGCUGUAGUGAGCAAUGACGGCAGGACAGUGAGGUCAGUGGCAAAAGAGUAUUCAAUUUGCCACACAACCCUCUAUCGCUUUAUUAAAAAGAGAGAGAGGUUAUGUCCAGGAGAGGAGAUGAGGUCAGGUUAUUUGACCCCAAGGAGGGUCUUCUCAGUCCAAGAUAGCCUGGCAGAAUACCUAAAAAGAGCAGCUGAUCUUUUCUAUGGUCUCAGCACUAAAGAGGUUUGUCGAUUGGCCUUCCAACUGGCUGUCUAUUACAAGUGCUCCUACCCUGAAACCUGGAAUGAGUGCUCUCUGGCUGGCCGGGAUUGGUUUAUGGGGUUCAUGAAAAGACAGCCCAGUCUGUCUAUACGGUGCCCUCAAGCUACCAGUCUCACACGGAACACAAGCUUCAACCGUCACAAUGUAUCCUUGUUUUACAACAAUCUUGCAAAUGUGCUUGAAAUGUGUUCUUUUGGUGGUGUUAUGAAAUUGUUACGGCCUACAUCAGUUUGAGGGAUUGACAUAGGUGUUACAUUGUUGUGUACUUGUUUUUUUUACUUUAAUAAGUUAACUCAGUGAACUCUGGUCUCAAAUAAACUAAAAAAAGAUUUGAAAAAUGAUGCCGAAGUAUGAGUUUUAUUACAUCUAAAUGACUGUUGCAACUGCCCCUCGGUACUGUUGCAAUUGUCCCCAUAUAUGGGGACAGUUGCAACA